AUGCAUCCAAUAAUCUUCUUCUCCAAAAUGGAUUUUAGUCAGAGCAAUUUAUUUGGAUACAUAGAAGACCUGCAGGAGCUAACUAUUAUAGAGAGGCCAGUACGCAGGAGCCUGAAGACACCAGAAGAAAUAGAAAGAUUGACAGUUGAUGAAGAACUCAGUGAUAUUGAAAGGGCUGUUUAUCUACUCAGUUCUGGCCAGGAUAUCCAAGGAACAAGUGUGGUGGCAAAUCUUCCAGUCCUGAUGCGACAGAAUCCUGCAGAAACACUUCGUCGGGUUUUACCGAAAAUCAGAGAGGUGCUGCAUGUUGCAGGAGUGGAAAUGCAGUUAACAGCUGCUGUUUCAUUUUUGACUGUUCUGCAAGAGGAGUCAGUGUCCAUUCAUACGUACUCGCACUCCUUCCUACACAUCAUUCUCCAGCACCUGGAACACAGAGAUGCAGGUGUCAGCAAUGCAUGGCUAGAAACUCUUCUUGCUGUAAUAGAAGCUUUACCAAAAGAGACUAUCAGACACGAGAUCCUGAAUCCACUUGUUUCCAAAGCACAGCUUUCUCAAACACUUCAGUCCCGCUUAGUUAGUUGUAAAAUCAUGGGAAAAUUAGCUAACAAAUUUGAAGCUCAUAUUAUUAAAAGAGAGGUUCUUCCAUUGGUAAAAUCACUGUGCCAGGAUGUGGAAUAUGAAGUUAGAACUUGCAUGUGUCGGCAACUGGAGCAUAUAGCUCAAGGAAUAGGGACAGAACUAACAAAAACUGUGGUGCUUCCUGAGUUAGUAGAACUGGCGAGAGAUGAGGGCAGCAGUGUACGCCUUGCAGCUUUUGAGACGUUAGUGAAUCUGCUCGAUAUGUUUGAUGCAGAUGAUAGGAGUCAAACUGUGCUCCCCUUAGUGAAAUCAUUCUGUGAAAAAUCCUUCAAAGCAGAUGAAUCUAUCCUAGUUUCUUUAUCUUUCCAUUUAGGGAAACUGUGUAAUGGAUUAUAUGGCAUUUUUACUCCUGAACAGCACUUAAGGUUUUUGGAAUUUUAUAAAAAGCUUUCCACGCUGGGUUUACAGCAGGAAAAUGGGCACAAUGAUAAUCAACUACAGCUUCAAACUCUGGAACAGGAAAAGAAGUAUAUUUCAGUGAGGAAGAACUGUGCUUACAAUUUUCCAGCCAUGAUUGUUUUUGUGGAUCCAAAGAACUUCCAUUUAGAACUAUAUUCUAUAUUCUUCUGCCUUUGUCAUGACCCUGAAGUUCCUGUCAGAUAUACUAUGGCCAUAAACUUCUAUGAAGUCGCUAAGCUUUUAAAUUCUGGUGUGUAUACAAUACAUAAAGAACUGGUUACACUAUUACAGGAUGAGUCACUGGAGGUAAUAUACUUUUAUUGGAACUUUCUUUUGCUUGUUACAUUGAGGCAGAUUAUCUUGAUGUUUAAUAAUUCUGCAGUAAGACAUGGAUCAGAAAGCAAGUUAUUGUCUAUUCCUGACUUGAUACCUGCAUUAACAACAGCAGAACAGAGAGCAGCAACUUCUUUAAAGUGGAGAACUCACGAGAAGUUACUACAAAAAUAUGCAUGUCUCCCUCAUAUCAUAUCAAGUGAUCAGAUUUAUUACCGUUUUCUUCACAGAAUGUUGACAAUCGUUUUGACAAAUAAUGUCCUGCCAGUCCAAAAAGCAGCUGCUCGAACUCUCUGUGUUUAUUUACGUUAUAAUCGCAAGCAAGAACAGCGGCAUGAGGUUAUUCAGAAACUGAUUGAACAACUGGGCCAAGGAAAAAGUUAUUGGAACAGGCUUCGGUUUUUAGAUACUUGUGAAUUCAUUAUGGAGCUGUUUUCAAAAUCAUUCUUCUGCAAAUACUUCUUUCUACCUGUGCUUGAACUUACACAUGAUCCAGUGGCAAAUGUGAGAAUGAAGCUAUGCUAUUUGUUGCCAAAAGUAAAAUCUACUCUGAAGAUUCCCACUGAUAAACAUUUACUUCAACAGUUGGAAUUAUGUAUAAGGAAACUUUUGUGUCAAGAGAAAGACAAAGAUGUCCUGACUAUUGUAAAAAGAACAGUGUUAGAAUUGGACAGAAUGGAGAUCUCUGUAGACGCUGAACAAUUAGAAAAAGAGAAGCAGCAAAAUGAAGGAAGAUCUACAAAUGUUAAUGACAAAAUGUUUGAAAAGAAGCGUAGAGACAGUAAAACAUCAUCAGUGUUGGCAAAAAGUAUCACACUCUCUGUUCCUGGAAGCUCUUCUGGCACAUCAGCAGGCAAAGACGACAAGAAAUCCAAGUUGGUUCGAAGCCAGUCUUUCAGUACUCAAGCACUACACCCAAAAUACAGCAACAUAGACAAGUGUCCUAAUAAAAGCUCUGCUACAGGAUAUACAUCUUCAGUAUCAGGAAUGGGAAAGAGUUGUAUGUUUUUCUUUAGUGAUGAUUCAUUCCGGACUCAUUCUACUGGUAAUAGUGGGAAUGCUGCCUUCCCUUCCAGUUCUUCUCGCAACUUAUUUAACUCAGCUGACCAAAAGAACAAUGGAAAUAAGGAGAGUCAGUCCCGAAAGAUGAGCAUAAAAAACAGAAAAUCAAACUCCUAGAACUUCUGACAGAAAAAGAAGGGAACCAGAGACUGGUGGAAGCAACGUUCCGGCGAGAUAAGGUGGGAGCGGCAGAUGGGACUCUCUAAUGCCUGGAAUGAAUACAAUGCAUCUUGCAAUGUUAAAACUUUUUAUCUUUUAAAUAAAAACCCAAGCUGUAAAAUAUGUUCCAAUAAGUAAUGUAAUGGUUGCAGAAUUCUAACAUUGUAGUGAAAUGUUAUGAAAUAUAACUUCAGCUAUGUGCUCUUAACUGCUGUAGCUAAAGAGAGGAUUUUGUUUUCUUCAAUUAUGCCUUUGUAGUUCAAAUUCUUGGAUUUAGAAUGCACAUAUCCGUUACUUAAUUGGCUUAUUUCCAAUUUUAGCAAUUCUUAGCACCCAUCUUUUAUGCAAGAAAGAGAAGGAAUUGUUAUGAAUAUGAAAAAGUAAUCCCACAUUUUAAAGAACCUUCAAACCUAAUUUAAGACCAAAGUCCAGAACCAUUGAUCAGUCUAUAAAAAAAUCAACUUCAGUAGCAUUGUGCUGUGAAUUUGGAGGUAACGUUUUUACAAGUACUAAGUAAAGUUCAUAAAAAUCCUGUGUAAGUUUCAAAGCAAUCUAAAAGCAGAUGUCGCCAGAUGAUAUAAAAAAUAAUUUUAUUUCGUAAGUUUUGUUGUAUAAAUACUUGUUUUAAUUUUUAGUAUUUCAGAUUGUAUUUUCACUUGAAUAAUUUAUAAUGAUGAAUCUAGUUUUUAACCAGCUGCUAUUGCAAGCUAUCAUGCUUUAGUGAUGUCAUCUGCAUUUGUUUGUAUUAAUGCUAAUGUUUCUAUCAAAAUUUGUCUGUGGAAAAACAUGCGAUUCUAUUUUAAAAAGUUCUAUUUAUGCCAAUACUUGAGAGAGCCUAUGAAGCUAUUGUCAGCUUCUCUAUUUCAAAAUGGAAGCAGUAUAAAUAUAUUGAUAUCAGAAAUAUGUGAUUUUUACAAUUUAUUGGUGUAUGAUAAAGAUGAUCUGAUCUGUGAAUGCAUAUGUGUGUGUGGUUACUUUUUAUAAUGUAAAAAUACAAAUGAUGAUUUACUCGAAAUAAAACCUAGGACAAUGCUGUACAUGCAUGUUCUUGAAAAAAAAAUUCUCAGGGCAUCUUUUAUAAUUAAAAUAAAUAAAAGCA